GUUAACAUAUCUGUCACAUACGACCAUAGACUGAGGAAAACUGGGCAUCCCGUCCGCUCUGCCAUACAUAAGCCUCAGAUCGGCAGAUUAGUAGUUGGGUGGGUGACCACCAGCGAAUACCUGCUGUUGUAUGUUUUUGAUUUUUGCAGAUCUUGCAAAAAUUUCCCAUGUGGAGACGCUGCGGGAAAAUUCCGCUUUUGGCUAGCAGAUCCUGUGAUCUGCCAUCUCAAAUGCAAUCUGGAUGUCCAGCACCUUUUUGAGUAUUGCAGAAAUAUCUAUUUUCACCUAAAUUUACUCCACAAAUGCUGUGCAACUUUCUGCAAUAUCUUGAGUGCCUUCAGAAUUGGCACGUGUGAAGAGCUUCCCCACUCGCCUUUUUACCCCACCUUUGCAAACAUAUUGUAA